GAAUGAGUGAUGACCUCUGUGGUGGUGUCAGAUGGAGGAGGGAACAUAGUGGAGUACGUGACCGUGGUGGACGAGUCCCAGCAGGAGCCCACUGAGGAGGAGGAGCAGGAGGAAGUGGUCCAGCAGGAAGUGGAGGCUGUAAUCAUCGAGGAGGUGGAGGAGGAGGAGGAGGAGGAGGAUGGGGUGGUGCUGCAGGAGGAAGGCUGCCCUGCUGUCAUCGUGGAGGAGGUGCCCAGCGCCCAGGUGGAGGAGUGCUACUCAGCCCAGGUCCUGGUGUACGAUGACGGCACCUACCUGAUGCAGGAUGUGGCUGAGGAGCAGGAAGUGGUCACAGAGGUGGCAGAGACAGGUCCAGACAUCAUGUGUUUUGACAAAACCUUUGAGGCAGCUGAGGCUCUGCUCCACAUGGAGUCUCCUGGAGGUCUGCACAGUGAGCGCAGCACAGUCGAGGACGUGAUGAUGGAGACGGUGGUGGAAGUGUCCACAGAGUGUGGAUCCAUCGAGGAGGAGUCCUUCCCCAUCGUUCCUGACAUUGAACCUGCUGCCAAGAAGAAGAGAGGAGGUGGACGUAGGCCCAAGACUCAGCAGCCUGCCUCCAACGGCUCCUAUGACCUGGGGAUGAAGAAGAGACCGAGAGAGGGGAAGG